UUGCUUUUUAACGCUGCGCUCGAAGAUGAGGAGUGGGAAGGCCUCUUGUGCGCUGGAGACCGUCUGGGAGGACAAGCACAAGUAUGAGGAUGCAGAACGGCGCUUCCAUGAGCAUGAGGCCACGCGAGCCGCCGCCUCCGUCCAGCAGCUCCUGGCCAAGGUGCCAGCUGUGAACGGGCCCAGCCAGGAGGACACAGAGGACCCCGACGAGGCAGAGGCCCCCCACACCGACAGCAGGAGUGAUCCUAGGAAGAGCCACGAGUGCAAGAAGCCCCUACAGAAAAAGAGGAAGCGCUCCCCCAAGAGUUGGCUUGGCCAGUCAGACCUGGCCCUCGUGGGCCUCUCAGCUGACCACGUAUGGCUGGACAAGCCCCUCUUCGACCAGGCAGAAAGCUCCUACCGCCAGAGGCUGGCAGAUGUGGCCGCUCAGGCAGCCCAGCCGCCUGCUCUGGCCCCUAGAGCCCCCUGUACGCAUGGAAGCCAUGUGGCCUGCCACCACGUGACCUGGGGGAUCUGGGUCAACAAGUCUUGCUUUGAUCAGGCUGAGCGGGCUUUUGUGGAGUGGUCUCAGGCCUUGCUGCUGGCGGUGGAGGGGAGCCGCAGGCAGGGGACUCCUGACACAGGCCAGCAGGCUGCCUCUCCUGACCUGGCCUUGGCCUGCCAGCCUUGCCCACCAGCUAAUGGCCAGCCUCCUCUGGGCAGCCUGCAAGCACUGGUGCGGGAGGUGUGGCUGGAGAAGCCCCGGUAUGAUGCAGCUGAAAGGGGCUUCUAUGAGGCUCUAUUUGAUGGCCACCCCCCAGGGAAAGUACGUCUGCAAGAGCGAGCCAGUCAGGCAGAGGGUGCCCGGAGGGGCCGCAGAGACCGUCGGAGUCGCAAUGCAGUAGGAAACAAGCGAGCUGGGUCAAAACGGGCUGAUGGGGAGGCCCCCUCUUCUCUGCCCUACUGGUACUUCCUACACAAGGACGCAGAGGCUCCCUGGCUCAGCAAGCCUACUUACGACAGUGCUGAGUGCCGCCACCAUGCUGCUGAGGCCUUGCGCAUAGCCUGGCGCCUAGAAGCUGCCUCCCUGGCUCACCGACCCACGCCCCGUUCUGGCCCAUCCAUGUCCAGCCUGAGACCCAAAAAAAUGGCUACAAACUUUCUAGUGCACGAGAAGAUCUGGUUUGACAAGUUCAAAUAUGACGAUGCGGAGAGGAAAUUCUAUGAGCAGAUGAAUGGGCCUGUGGCUGCUGGCUCCCGCCAGGAGAAUGGUGCCAGCGUGAUCCUCCGUGACAUUGCAAGAGCCAGAGAGAACAUCCAGAAAUCCCUGGCCGGAAGUUCAGGCCCUGGGGCCUCCAGUGGACCUGCUGGAGAUCAUAGUGAGCUCAUUGUACGGAUUGCCAGUCUGGAAAUGGAGAACCAGAACCUUCGAGGCGUGGUACAAGAUCUGCAGCAAGCCAUUUCCAAGUUGGAGGCCCGGUUGAGCACUCUGGAGAAGAGUUCACCUACUCACCGAGCCACAGCCCCCCAGACCCAGCAUGUGUCUCCUAUGCGUCAAGUGGAGCCCCCGACCAAGAAGGCCGCCACACCAGCAGAGGACGAUGAGGACAAUGACAUUGACCUGUUCGGCAGUGAUGAGGAGGAAGAAGACAAGGAGGCAGCCCGACUACGGGAGGAGAGGCUUCGGCAGUACGCAGAGAAGAAAGCCAAGAAGCCCUCACUGGUGGCCAAAUCCUCCAUCCUCUUGGAUGUCAAACCUUGGGAUGAUGAGACAGACAUGGCCCAGCUGGAGGCUUGUGUGCGUUCCGUCCAGUUGGACGGGUUGGUCUGGGGGGGCUCCAAGCUCGUGCCCGUUGGCUAUGGAAUCCGGAAGUUGCAGAUCCAGUGUGUGGUGGAAGAUGACAAAGUGGGCACCGACUUGCUAGAAGAGGAGAUCACCAAGUUUGAGGAGCAUGUGCAGAGUGUCGACAUCGCAGCUUUCAACAAGAUCUGAAGAUCGGAGCGUGUGGUUCGCGUGUGUGAGGACCUAAGAUUAAAGACUGAGACCC